AGAACUACGAAGCUCGACCAUUCGUCGCUUUCUUUCAAAGAAAAACACAUUUGAGUGUCAUCACUCAUUAAAGGAUUAACAAAGAGUUCUCCAACAAAGCAUCGUACGUGAUAAAAUGGAAUGUACAAUGUUGCAGAUGUCGCUGAUGUAGUGUCUGGCCUGGGUGCGCGCGCAGUUCUCGAGUCUAAGCGGGCUGCGGCCGCCUUCACCAGCAGUCAGUGUGGCGAGAGGCAGCCGUGGAGUCGAGUCAUGGCAGACCCGCCGCCCCCUGCCGCCCCCCCACAGGCUCGAGGGGAGGGGGCACUUUCCCCUUUAUCUGGCUCCUACCUUCUCAUCGUGGUAGCCGAGCCGCACUUGGAGCAACAUAAGGAUACAAUCCUUAGCAGAAUUUCCAAAGGUUUCCUGUCAUGGGACGAAGAAAAGGCGCACGUGGACAUCCACAAAGAACUUUCAACGAUUGCUGAGCUUAACCUAGAAGGAGAGGAACAGAAGGGAGGAGAGCGUCUGAUUCAGUACGCCACAGAGAAUCUGGUAGCGGAAGUGUUGAUCCACCCCCAGGUCAACACUCUGCAACAGUGCCUCAAAAAUCUCUUGUCUUCUUUCACCAAACAUAGACACAUCAUCCAUGCCGGCUACGCAUUCGCUGGGUCUGGCUCUUGGAUGCUACAGGAUGGAACCUUCUCCGUGGCUGACCUUAUCGCAGCCUUCAGUGAGUAUGAGGUCCAACGUGUCCUACACGCCUACGAGAACUGCAUUACCAUUGACAUCCACUGUGCCCCUGAGGGGAACUGGUCCACACAUUUCAUGGCCAAGGAGUCCUUCAGCAAACUGUGCCGGGUGACAGUCAAUCCAGACGACAAGAUUGAGACCACCCCCGGGAUCUCAACUUUCGUCCAGUACCUGUCACAGUUCCUGAGUACUACACCCUUGGAAGACCUCUUAGAACCAUCAGAUAUUGUAGGCAAUAUUCGCUUCUCUCGCCCCACUCUAUACGUAUUUCCAGGCGGGCAAGGUGACUCAGCUCUCUUCGGCGUCAACGGCUUUAACAUGCUUGUAGAUGGCGGCUACAACUACAAAGCUUGCUUCUGGGAUUUUACACGGCAUCUAGAUCGCUUAGAUGCAGUUCUCCUUACAAGGCUCAACAGUUCAAAUCUUAUGGGAAUUACUAAUGUCAUUCGAAGAAAAGCCCUCAGUUCUGUGUACCCUCAGAUUGGACAUAUUUUCUGCAAUGUUGCAGGUACUCUUAAAUCUCCCGAUGGCGACAAGGAUAAGAACCCACUACUGAUUAAUGUAUGGGAUGAGGGACACAUUAUGAGGGAAAAUCUUAGACAGAUAAGUUUAAAACCCCAUUUGUGCUUCCGUGAUAAUGCAAUGGAACCAAUAAACCUGUACCAUAAGGUUGGACACGGAAAGCUUGAUAUGUAUGUAAUUAACCCAUCAAGAGACAGUAAAGAAGUUCGAGAGUUCAUGCAGAGAUGGAAUAAUGAAGUCAUCAGCUCUGACAUGGGUUUCACCACUUACAGGAUUGGUGGAAAGGUUUUCCCAUGUCCCCUUACCAACCUAACAUCUAUAUGUGCAUUGUUGAUUUGGCAACCAAAUGACCCUAGUGAUACCAUUACCAGGAUUUUAUUCCCUGGGAGUACCCCGCAACACAAAAUAUUUGAAGGUCUUGAUAGAUUAAAGAAUUUAGAAUAUCUGAAAUAUCAAACAUGCUCUGCAAAAUCCAUUAAAGCUUCAGCAGAAGAACGUAAAAGUACCAAAACUGUAGAAAGAAUGGUAAUCGAAUCGAAACCCUCCAAAGCUGUUAGUCCAUCCCCACCAAUACACAGAGUCAAGCGUGACAGAUCUGAGCGUUCUAUUUCUAGAGAGGAAAGAAGAAUUAUAAAAAUGGAAAGAGAUCAUCAUGAGAAGUCCUCACGAGAAAGAAGGGAAAGAAGAGUUGAGAAAAGAGAGGAACAUAAGAUAAUCAAAAGAGAAGAGAGAAAAGAGAAGAAAGAAGAUAAAAAAGAAGAAAAGGUUACAUCCGAAUUAGAAGAAACCAAAGACAAGUUGAAUGGUCAUGAUGUUACAAUUGAGUCGUUAGAGACAACAAAAGAGUCCAUCGAUUCAGUAUCAAGAUUGGAAAAAGAAGCCCUUACAGACAAAGAAAUAUCGGAAAAAAUCACAAAAGAUGUCACAGACGCUACAGAAGCAGAAAAAAUUACAUCAGUAAAGGAACUGAUACUAGGAAAAGAUAUUUCAUCACAGCAAGAAGUUACUACAGAGAUUACUAGUUUAGAAACUAGAAUAGAAUCAGUAGAAACUAUUAAGUCUAAAGAAUUACAUGAUAUUGAAUCACAAGAAGUUCGUGAAUCAUCUUUGAUCUCAGCUGAGUCUGGAGUUGUAACAGGGGAAGAAAGGGAGUCAUCUUUGGAAAGUGAACAAAUAAAAGAACUGAAAGAGAAAGAAAAAGAAAAACUUAAGGUUAAAAAGCCUAAAGAAGGAACACCAGAGAGACCUCGCAGAUACAAGAAGCCUAAAGUAGAGUCACGUAUUGAUACUGGCGACAGAAGGCCAAGAGCUGAAGACAAAACUCAGAAAGUCGAGAAAAAGGUCAGGGAAAGGAGGAGCGUGGAGAGACGAGAAAAGAGGGAACGCAAAGUUGACACAGAAGAAAAGAAAGAAGUUGAGACAACAGAAAAGAAGACAGAAGUCAAAGAAAGAAAAAUUCGUAAGAUUAAGAAACCAGAGCACAAAACUGAAGACACAGACCUGACAAAGAGGAAGCCAACACCAGAGAUUAAAAGACGUGUUAAGAAACCUCCUUCUGAGAAGGAAGAAAAGGAAGCAAAACCAAGUGUACCUAAAGUUCCAAGAGCUGAAAGAAGAAUCGUAUCGAGAACAACUACCACAACUACAAAAGAAAUCACUCAUAAGAAAUUAAUUGAUGAAGAAAACAGAGCCGCAAAGGCUGCUGAGACUGCUAAAAAAGAGCAAAGAUCAAAAGUAUCGACAACAAGGACUGUAAGAAAGGCUCCUGCUGCAGGUAGGGCUCCAAGGCCUAAACAACUAGAGAGACCACCAGUGCCAAAACCUGAGGGACCAAUUAAGAAGAUAAUCACUGGUGCAGCUGUCAAAGCUGGAGUUGUAGCAGCAGCUGUUUCAGGAGUUGCUGUCGUUGAGGCAGCAGCAAACAGAGAUGAUGUUGAUGAAAUUGCAGCUCCACUUAAGGAUACUGAAGAUCUUAUGCUCGCACCAGAACAAGAUGAAGAAGAUCGCAUUUCUGAUAUUGCAAAUAUACCCGGUGUACAGGAAAUUAAACUGGAUGAAGACACCCUCCAAAUAAUUGACAAGCAACAUCUUGAGGAAGAGGAGAAAGAUUCACUAAUCCUUCAUGAAGAAGGUGUAAUCGAACACGUUGAAAAGGAAGAUGUUAUUGAAGAAGUUGAAGAGCACUUGGAAGAAGCAGAAGAAAAAGAAUCAGAGGAGGAGGAGGAAGAAGAAGUAGAAGAAGAGGAGGAGGAAGAAGAAGUAGAGGAAGAAGAGGAGGAGGAAGAAGAAAAGGAAGCAGUCGCUGUAGAAAAGCUAGAAAAGGCUGAGGAAGUCAAGACUGAUGAAGAAGAAGUCUUAGAAGAGGAAGAAAAAGUAAGCAUAGCAGAAAAAGAAGAUGAAGCCGAGAAAGAGAAAAAAGAUAAAGUGAAAUCACCUGAAGUCCCUGAAGAAGAGCAAGUAAAGCUUGGAGAGAAACAUGAAACUGAAGAUUUAUAUGAUAGAAUUGAAACUGAAGAGAGAGAUGUGUAUGCCACACUUCCAAGCAGUGCCAAGCUUACUGAAUACAAGGAGAAGUAUGAAGAAAAACCUCUACGUGGCUUGUUCACUGGAUUUGCAGUGCCUUCAGCGGAACCCAGAGAUGACACCUUACCAAAGGAACCUGCACCACAACCUAAAGAGGAGGUUACUGUGCCUUCCUCACUUCCAGAAGCGAUAUUCAAGCAUGCUGCUCCUCCUCUUCAUCCAAGGGAGGUUAUUAAAACACCUGAUGAAGUUGAUGAUCUUCCUAUUGAUGAGGAAGUUGAGUCAAUUGAACAUGACAUUUAUGAUGAACUUGAGAUGCAGAAGCCUGAACAAGAUAUCACUACAGUCUCCCCAAUGAUUGAAGUCAAGGGAGAGCUGAAGAUUACCGAGGAAAUUACCAUUGAUAAACACAAAAAAGAAAUUGUAAAAGAGACUGUCAAAGAAGUUGAUUUAGCAAAAGAACUGAAAGAAGCAGAAGAUGAAAUGUCAAAAGAGGAGAAGAUUUCAAAACCUAUUGAAGAAUUUGAAGCGAAAUAUGCAGAAUUUAAGGCUACAGCUGUGUCUGAAGUAAUUGAACGAGGUGAAGUAGUAAGUAAAGAUACAAAGAAGGAAAAAGAGGAAAAAGUAGAUAAAAUUGAACUUCUGAAAGAUAUUGCACAGACACUGGAAGAGAAAGAAGCCCCCAUGAAAGCUAAACCCUCUCCGGUUGUUGAUGCAGAUGAGCAUGAAGAAGUUGAAGAAGAACCUGUCACCAAAGAUGAAAAACCACUUAAACCAAUUACAUCUUAUGAUGAACCAAAGCUCAAACAUGUUCCCGAUAAAGAACAACGAGAUGAAGAAGAAAAAGAUAUUGAUGAAUUAGAACUGGAGGGGAAAGACUUCGUGGAAGUUAGGGAAAAAGAAAUAACAGAGAAGAUGGAGAAAGAAGAAAUUAUUAAGCAAGCAGAAAUUAAGGUAAUGAAGAAAGCAGAGGAAAUUUCUUCUGAUAUCGAUGAAGCUAUGGAAAAAAUUGAACAUAUCGAUGUAGAUGAAGAACUGACAGAAUUAACUCGCUUAGCUAGGGAAGAAAUUAGUUUUGAAAGAAAAGCUGCAAUGGCAAAAUUAGCACAGAAACAAAAGGAGGUAGGGUUAGUUACUAAAGUAUCCGAGACUGUAGAAGAAAAAGGUGUUGAAAGAAAGGUUACAGAAAGUGAAGAGGAAAUCACUGAAUUGAGUGAAAAGAAAAUAACUGAAGUUAGCGAAAAGAAAAUAGCUGAAGUCAAAGUAUCAGACAGUAUACAUGAGGUAAUGGAAAUUGUAGAUGUUACUCAAAGGAUAAGAGAAACUACUGAAGUUGAAACUUUAGAAGUAAAGGAAUUAGAUACUCGUGAAACAAUUUCUAAAACUGUGGCAUCUGUUAGUGAAACAAGUGUAGUUAGUGAGAGAGAAAUAGAUGAUUUUGUUCUCGUAACCGUAGCUGCUACUGAUAAAGAGCCUGUAUCUCCAAAAAGUGAUGUCAGUGCAAAGGACGCUGUUGAAGUUUCUAAAGACAUAGAAAUGCCAAAAGAUGAAAUGUUCCUCGAUUCUGCGCAGAGUGAUAUUUCUAGUGUUAAAAGUGAUAUUAUUUCUAAGAAAGUGGAAGAGAGAGACAUUUCCAUUGGUGUUUCUAAAGCUAUGAAAGAUGAAGAUAUUUUAUCACUUAGGAGUGACAUAUUUGAAAGCACAAAACGUGAUAUUGUUUCAAAGGAAGAAAUUAGAGAAGUCACUACCACUGAGGUUUCACAAGUUACUGUUGAGGGUGAUUAUGAAACUCUUGCCUCAGAUAAGGGUGAUAUUAGUGUUAAGAUUAGUGACAAAACUGUUUUAGAUGAAAGACUAGUUAUUGAUGUUACUACUAAAACUGUAGAAGACACUGGACUUUCCAUGUCACCUAGAAGUGAUAUAUCUCUUAGUGCAAAGAGUGAUGUUAGUGCUAAGGCUGCUCAGGAUGAAGAUGUUACAAUUGAAAUGGAUGAGAAAGUUACAGUUCCUGAAUCCCCUAAAAGUGAUGUAUCCAUAAGUGCUAAAAGUGAUAUUAGUUCAAAAGAUAUUAAAGACUCCAAACCUGAAACGUUUGUAGAUAGCAAAGUACCCCUGGUACCAAAAACUGAUAUUUCAAUAAGUAUUACUAGUGUCUCUAGUGCACUUACUGUAACUGAAGAGAAAAAAGUAACAGAAGAAGCUCUUUCAGCCAUAGAGCAAACUAAAAUAGUCACAGAAGGUGCUCCUCUGUCACCUAAAAGUGAUAUAUCAGUAAGUGCAAAGAGUGAUGUUAGUUUAAAAAGUGAUAUUAGUGUUAAGAGUGACGUCAGUAUAAAGAGUGACGUCAGUGCAAAGAGUGAUAUUAGUGUAAAGUCAGACAAAGACAAAAUGGAAGAACCAGUAUUAGAACAAUAUAUAUGUAAGGAUAUUAGUGAAGAUAUUUCACCAAAAGUUGACAUUUGUAGCCUUAAAAGUGAUAUUAGUUUGAAAGAGAAACCUAGUGAACAACAACCAGAAAUACCAGAGACUAUGAAGGAUGACAUCUCAAGAGAAACACCAAAAGGUGUAACAGAAAAAGAACCCACCACAGCAGAUGAGUUACCUCUUAGUGUAAUAAGUGAUGUCAGUUUCAAGGCAGGCCUAGAGGACGAGGAGGAAGAAAUUGAUAAAGACUUUACCAAAAAGGAACCAGAGAAAGAUAUGAAAGAUUUAACAGUAGAUAUAUCAGAAACCACUGUAGAAAAGGAACAGAUUUCACCAAGGAGUGAUAUUUCGGUUAGCAAAAAGAGUGAAGUAAGUGAUAGGACCUCUAAGGAAGACAAGGAACAAUUAUCACCUAAGAGUGAAGUUUCAGUCAGUACAAAGAGUGAGGUCAGUGACAAGAUUUCCAAAGAAGAUCUUGAAAUUGAUAUUACCAAAAGAGCACAUGAAAAGGAACAAUUGUCUCCUAAGAGUGAUAUUUCAGUAAGUGCAAGGAGUGAAGUAAGUGAUAAGGUCACUAAAGAAGACCUUGAAGUUGAUAUCACUAAGGAGGCAAUUGAAAAAGAACAAAUGUCACCCAAGAGCGAUAUAUCAGUCAGUGCCAAGAUUGAAGUAAGUGAUAAGACCAAAGAAGUCAUAGAAGUUGAAGUUCCUAAGAAAGAACCAGAUGAAGAUGAAAGGAUCACUGAAGAAAUUGAAGUUGAUAUAACAAAGAAAGUAUCUGAAAAGGAACAAUUAUCUCCCAAGAGUGAUAUCUCAGUCAGUGCAAAGAGUGAAGUAAGUGAUAAGAUCACCAAAGAAGAUCUUGAAAUUGACGUUACUAAGAAAGUUUCUGAAAAGGAACAAUUAUCUCCCAAGAGUGAUAUCUCAGUAAGUGCAAAGAGUGAAGUAAGUGAUAAGAUCACCAAAGAAGAUCUUGAAAUUGAUGUUACUAAGAAAGUUUCUGAAAAGGAACAAUUAUCUCCCAAGAGUGAUAUCUCAAUUAGUGCAAAGAGUGAAGUAAGUGAUAAGAUCACCAAAGAAGAUCUUGAAAUUGAUGUUACUAAAAAGGUUUCUGAGAAGGAACAAUUAUCUCCCAAAAGUGAUAUCUCAGUCAGUGCAAAGAGUGAAGUAAGUGAUAAGAUCACCAAAGAAGAUCUUGAAAUUGAUGUUACUAAGAAAGUUUCUGAAAAGGAACAAUUAUCUCCCAAGAGUGAUAUCUCAAUCAGUGCAAAGAGUGAAGUAAGUGAUAAGAUCACCAAAGAAGAUGUAGAAAUUGAUGUUACUAAAAAGGUUUCUGAAAAGGAACAAUUAUCUCCCAAGAGUGAUAUCUCAAUCAGUGCAAAGAGUGAAGUAAGUGAUAAGAUGAUCACCAAAGAAGAUCUUGAAAUUGACGUUACUAAGAAAGUUUCUGAAAAGGAACAAUUAUCUCCCAAGAGUGAUAUCUCAAUUAGUGCAAAGAGUGAAGUAAGUGAUAAGAUCACCAAAGAAGAUCUUGAAAUUGAUGUUACAAAGAAAGUUUCCGAAAAGGAACAAUUAUCUCCCAAGAGUGAUAUCUCUGUCAGUGCAAAGAGUGAAGUAAGUGAUAAGAUCACCAAAGAAGAUCUUGAAAUUGAUGUUACUAAGAAAGCUUCUGAAAAAGAACAGAUGUCUCCAAAAAGUGAUGUAUCAGUUAGUGCAAAGAGUGAAAUUAGUGACAAGAGCUCUAAAGAAGACCUGGAUGUUAGCCUUAGAAAGGAAGCUCCUGAAAAAGAACCAUCUUCACCCAAAAGUGAGAUCUCAGUUAGUGCAAAGAGUGAAGUAAGUGAUAAGUUCUUUGAAGAGGAACGUGAGAUUGAUGUCACUAAGAAGGUUACAGAAAAGGAACAAUUGUCUCUCAAGAGCGACAUAUUAGUUAGUGAAUCACAUGAAGUAAUAGAAAAGAUCUACAAAGAGGACCUUGAAAUAGAUAUCACUAAAAGAGUAGUUGAAAAGGAACAAAUUUCACCAAAGAGUGAUAUCUCGACUACUACAAAGAGUGAUGUAAGUGAUAAGGUCACUAAAGAGGAAAUUGAAAUUGAUGUCACUAUGAAGGUUGCUGAAAAGGAACCGGUAUCACCGAAAAGUGACAUAUCAGUUAGCGCAAAGAGUGAAGUAAGUGACAAAAUCUCUAAAGAAGACCUUGAAGUCGAUGUUACUAAGAAAGUUUCUGAAAAGGAACAAUUAUCUCCAAAGAGUGACAUCUCCAUCAGUUCGAAGAGUGAUGUAAUUGACAAGAUAUCUAAAGAGGACUUUCAGAUUGAUGUCAGUAAGAGAACUUCUGAAAAGGAACAAAUGUCACCUAAGAGUGACAUAUCUGUCAGUGCAAAGAGUGAAGUAAGUGAUAAGAUCUGGAAGGAAGACCUGGAAGUUGAUGUCACUAAAGUUUCUGAUAAAGAACAACUAUCACCUAAGAGUGACAUCUCAGCUAGUGCAAAAAGUGAAGUGAGUGAUAAGAUAUCUAAAGAGGACCUCGAAACUGAAAUCACAAAGGUUUCAGAAAAAGAACAAUAUUCACUCAAGACUGAUAUUUCAGUUAGCACAAAGACUGAAGUUAGUGAAAUCAUCUCUAAAGAGGUUCUGGAGAUUGAUGUAACUAAGAAGAUUUCAGAAAAGGAACAAAUGUCACCCAAGAGUGAUAUUUCUGGUAGCGGAAAGAGUGAAGUAAGUGAUAAGGUCUCUAAAGAGGACCUACAAAUUGAUGUUGUAUCCAAAGUAACUGAAAAGGAUCAAAUUUCGCCCAAAAGUGACAUAUCAGUUAGUGCAAAGAGUGACGUAAUGGACAUGAUUUCAAAAGAGGAUCUUGAAAUUGAUGUCACUAAGCAAGUUUCUGAAAAGGAACAAUUGUCACCAAAGAGUGACGUAUCAGUUAGUGCAAAAAGUGAAGUAAGUGAUAAGGUUUCUAAAGAGGACAUUGAAACUGAUGUUAUUGGGAAAGUAUCAGACAAGGAACAAUUGUCACCGAAGAGCGAUAUAUCAGUAGGCACAAAGAGUGAGCCAAGCGAUAAACUCUCAGCGUUGGACCUUGAAGUUGAUGUUACCAAGAAAGUAUCAGGAAAGGAACAGUUGUCACCCAAGAGUGAUAUUUCAGUUAGUACCAAGAGUGAAGUAAGUGAUAAGCUCUCUAAAGAAGACCUAGAAAUUGAUGUUAGUAAGAUUUCUGAAAAGGAACAAUUGUCACCAAAAAGUGAUAUAUCAGUUAGUGCCAAGAGUGAUGUAAGUGGGAAGGUGUUCAAAGAAGAUCUUGAAAUUGAUGUCACUAAGAAAGUAUCAGAAAAGGAACAAUUGUCACCCACAAGUGAUAUAUCAGUAAGUGCAAAGAGUGAAUUAAGUGAUAAGAUCUCUGCAAUUGACCUUGAAGUUGAUGUUUCUAAGAAAGAAUCAGAAAAGGAACAAAUAUCACCGAAAAGUGACAUUUCAGUUACCACUAAGAGUGAAGUGAGUGAUAAGAUCUCUAGAGAGGACCUGGAAAUUGAUGUUAGUAAGACUUCUGAAAAAGAGCAAUUGUCACCAAAGAGUGAUAUUUCGGUUAGUGCCAAGAGUGAUGUAAGUGGUAAGCUGUUCAAAGAAGAGCUUGAAAUUGAUGUUACGAAAACAUUAUCAGAUAAAGAACAAUUGUCACCCACAAGUGAUAUAUCAGUAAGUGCAAAAAGUGAACCAAGCGAAAAGAUCUCUAAAGAGGACCUUGUCAUAGAUGUCACCAAAACAGUAUCUGAAAAGGCACAAAUAUCGCCCAAGAGUGAUAUUUCAGUCAGUGCAAAGAGUGAAGUUAGUGAUAAAAUAGCCACAGAAGAGGUUGAAAUUGAUGUUACCAAGAAACUUACAGAAAAAGAACAAUUAUCACCAAAGAGCGACAUCUCAAUCAGUGUAAAGAGUGAAGUAAGUGAGAAAAUUUCAAAAGAGGACAUUGAACUAGAUGUCACAACGAAAGUAUUAGACAAAGAACAAUUAUCUCCUAAGAGUGACAUUUCUAUUAGUGCUAAAAGUGAAAUUAGCGAUAAGAUCUUUAAGGAAGACCUAGAAAUUGACACCUCUAAGAAAGUAAUGGAAAAAGAACAGGUUUCACCCAAGAGUGAUAUCUCCAUCAGUGUAAAAAGUGAGGUUAGUGAUAAAAUCUUUAAAGAAGACUUCGGAGUUGAUAUUUCAGAGAAAGUCUCAGAUAAAGAACAACUGUCACCUAAAAGUGACAUAUCAGCUAGUACUAAGAGUGAGGUAAGUGAUAAGCUCUCUAAGGAAGGUCUUGAAAUUGAUGUCACUAAGGAAGUAACAGAAAAGGAACAACUGUCACCCAAGAGCGAUAUUUCAGUUAGUGCAAAGAGUGAAGUAAGUGAUAAGAUCUCUAAAGAUGAACUUGAAGUUGAUGUUACCAAAAAGGUUCCAGAAAAAGAACAAUAUUCACCAAAGAGCGACAUCUCACUUAGUGUAAAGAGUGAAGUAGCUGAAAAGGAACAAUUUUCACCCAAAAGUGAUAUCUCAGUUAGUGCAAAGAGUGAGACAAGUGAUAAGAUUUCGAAAGAGGCCCUUGAAAUUGAAAUCACUAAGGAAGUGACUGAAAAGGAACAAAUUUCACCUAAGAGUGACAUCUCAGUCAGUUUGAGGAGUGAAGUAAGUGAUAAGAUUACUAAAGAAGCUGUGGAAGUGCAGGUAUCUAAAACAAUAAUAGAAAAAACUCAAGUUUCAUCAAAGACUGACUUCACAUUCACUGCAGAUGGUGAGGUAAGUGAUAAAAUCUAUAAAGAAGACCUGGAAAUUGAUGUUACUAAGAGAGUUUCAGAAGCUGAUCAAUUAUCACCCAAGAGUGAUAUUUCAGUCAGUGUAAAGAGUGAUGUAAGUGAUAAGAUCACAAAGGAGGAUCUUGAUUUUGAUGUCACUAAGAAGAUUUCAGAAAAGGAACAAUUGUCUCCGAAGAGUGAUGUAAGUGACAAGAUCUCUAAAGAGCUUGAAAAAGGACAAUUAUCACCCAAGAGUGACAUCUCAGUUAGUGCAAAGAGUGAAGUUAGUGAUAGAAUCUCUAAAGACGAGUACGAAAUUGAUGUCACUAAAAAAAGCUCUGAAAAGGAACAGUUAUCACCAAAGAGUGAUAUCUCAGGUAGUGCACUAAGUGACAAAAGUGAUAAGUUAUCUAAAGAGGAUCAUGAAACUGAUGUCACUAAGAAAGUUGAAAAAGAACAAUUGUCACCUAAGAGUGAUAUAUCUGUUAGUGUAAAAAGUGAAGUAAGUGAUAAAAUUUCUAAAGAGGACCUUGAAGAUGAAUUCAAGAAGGAAAUUUCUGAAAAGGAGCAGUUAUCGCCAAAGAGUGAUAUCUCAGCUAGCACAAAGAGUGAAAUCAGUGAUGUCAUAUCUAAAGAUAAGAUCACCAAAGGUGACAUUGAAGUAGACGUCACAAAGAAAUUUUCUGAAAAGGAACAGUUAUCACCCAAGAGUGAGACAUCAGUCAGUGAAAAGAGUGAAAUAAGUGACAGGAUUUCUAAAGACGACCUUGAAACUAGUUUCACUAAAAAACAGACUGAAAAGGAACAAUUGUCACCCAAGAGUGAUAUCUCUGUUAGUGCAGUGGCUGAUGUCACCAAGACUGACAAAGAAAAGGAACCACUGUCACCAAAGAGUGACAUCUCAGUCAGUGCCAAGAGUGAUGUCAGUUCAAAGGGCAUAACAGAAGAUAUUGUUGUUGAAGUUACAAAGACUUACACAGAAAAAGAACAACUGUCACCAAAGAGUGACGUGUCAGUAAGUGCUAAGAGUGACAUAAGUUCCAAAGGACUGAAAGAUGAUCUAAGUCCUGAUGUCACAAAAGCAGAAAAAGAAAAGGAACAACUAUCACCUACAAGUGACAUCUCAGUCAGUGGUAAGAGUGAUGUUAGUACAAAAAGCAUAAAGGAAGAUAUGGUUGAGAUUAGCAAAAUCGUAGCUCAGCAGGAAUCUGUGUUGCAACAGAGCAUUAUUCCAGUUGUUGAGAAAGGCAAAGAAAAAUUAUCAGCAUUUUCUGUAAAGAAAGACACCAUUACUGCAGAUGUUCUCUCAAUGAUAGAAAAGGAAAUUAUUCCUAUAGAUUCUGAUAUUCUUACCAAAGAUAUGAAAGAUUAUAGCCCAGAGCAACCAGCCCAUGUUGUUCCCCUAACAGCUCUGUCUGCUAAACCUUUAGAUGAUGUAGGUGAAGAAACUAUUCAAAAGAAGGAAGUGGGACUUCUUAUGAUUGCUACCAAGGAAACAACAGAGGUGAAGGAUUCAAAGCAAAUGCUGGAGGAAGAACCCGUUUCUCCUAAGAGUGAUGUAGUAAGCAGUUCCAAGAGUGAAACUAGUCUGAAAAGUACUGAAGAAGAAGUUCCCUCUUUCAGAACAGAUAUUAGCUCUAAGAGCACAAAGGAAGAGACACCCAUUGCUGAUAUUACUAAAAAAGAUCUAAAGUCAGUACCAGAUUCAGCAAAAGAAACUGAAAAGGGACUGACUUCUCCAAAAAGUGACAUUUCUUCCAUAACAAAAAGUGAAUCUGCAGUCAGUAUGAAGAGCGAACCUAGCUUAGUGACUGAACAUAAAAAGCCAGUAGAUGGUACCCCUGCAUCCCCAGUAAGUGAUAUGUCCCUUAAGAGUGAUACAAGUUCAAAGGAUAUUAAAGAAGAUGUGUUAACUAUUGAUGUAACUUGUAAAGAACCAAAGGAAGCUUCUUCUCCUGGAUCUGAAUUAUAUCUUCGUAAAAGAAGUGAUAGUAGUGGUAAAGAUGAUGAUACAGAACAAGAGGAACCACUUUCUAAAGCUAGCACCUCCCCUGGAGAAAGAGUAGGUCUCCUUAUGACCGUUGGAACUAAAACAACACAGGAAUCAAAAGUAAGUGAUAAAACUCUUACAGUAGAUGUAGUUGAAAAAGAAAUUGCAGAAACUACCGUAACUAAGAAAAUUAGUUUGACAAGUGAAAAGAGUGAAGAAAUCUCAAGGGACUACAGGGAAGAAGUUGGUUUAUUGAUGAUAGAUGUUAGUAAGAAGGACUUGGAGAAGUCGGUAGAAUCUCCCAAGAGUGACAUAUCUCAAGACUUGAAGAGUGAUGGUAGUUCUAAAGACUUCUCAAAAUUGCCACUGGAUGAGGAACACUUAUCACCUAAGAGUGACAUAUCUGCUAGUGAAAAGAGUGAUAUAUCCGGUCUGGGUGCUUCAGCUAAACCCAUUUCGCCAAAGAGUGAUGUGUCUCUAGGUACAAAGAGUGACAUUAGCCUAGAAGAUAAAACAAAGAAACCGGAGGAAAUUCAGAAGAGCGAUGCAAUUGAAACUGCCAAGAGUGAUAUUUCUCAGAAACCUACAUCAGAACCACAGAUAUCUCCUAAGCCAGACAUUUCACUUGGAGUAAAAGUUGAUACUAGCCUACCUAGUGAUAAGAUUUCAAUGUUGCCCAAAGAGGUGAAAGAUCAAAAAGCCUACCUGGAUUCUGGUGUUACAGAGGAACCGGUGUAUGCAACACUGAGAGCUCAACGUGCAGAGAUUGUUACAGUGUCACCAGACACUACACCUGGAUCAACACCACUAUCACCAACAUUACGAGAGGUUGGUGCAUCUUUCUCCUUAGUUUCCACCACAGCCUUGCAAAAGGAAAAAUCAAGUGUAAUGACCACAUCAAUUUAUGAGGAAAGUACAAUGGCUGAAACCCAGCCUUCAGAUAUGCCAGUUACAUCAUCCAUGGAUACUGGAGUAGUAAAGACAACAGAUUUGAUGACUACUUCCAUGCAUCAAGACUUUGAUGCUAUGACUUCAUCCAUUUAUGAACCAGACCAAGAUAUAAUGUCAUCUUCCAUGUAUGGUGACGACUUUGUUACCCAUGGCAUUUUAACCAAAGAUACGACAGAGGAAACAGUAACAAAAACAACAACAGCAACUAAAAAGGUUGAUGAUAUCAUGUCAGCCUCUAUGUAUGGAAGCAUAUAUGAAGAAGUUUCUCAUGUGCAGAAAACAUUAGAAGAUAUCUCAUCUCCUCGCAGUGUAACAUUUGGCAAAACAGAGGAGGCUGAAGAUCGUGGGAGCAUCUCUUCAUCUCAGUUUCAGGAGACUGAUGGAGAAAGUUAUCCUCCUGUAUCUCCUCGAAGUGAUUUAUCUUCUGAUGUUUAUCAAAUGCCAUCAAUGUCUCCAAGAAGUGAUGGUUAUGAAGCAGAGCUUAGUGGCCAUUUCGAAGGACGAGAUGAUGAUCAGGUUCAAGUAUCACCAAGAUCAGAUAUAUCUUCAAUCUCUGAUAUUAUGAGGAGGGAGCAAAAAUUGACUAUUACAGAGAAAGUGCUAGAAACUAGCAUGGUACAACAGGAAGUAUUGGACAGUGGACGAUCUGUCUCUCCUAAGAGUGACACUACUGUCAGCGAUGUUGCAGCUAAAGAUGGGCUUGAUUCCCUGGAUUCAUUUAAGUUACAACCUGUAUUAGGAACAGACAAAGAUGCUGAUGAAGGAAAGCCAAUUUCUCCUCGCAGUGACAUGUCCGGCAAAAGUGAUGCAUCUGGAAGGGAUUCAGCAUUUGAUGACAAGGAUAAGCUUUCUAGUCUUGAGAGUCAAACAUUACCAUCUCUUCCAAGUGAUACUAAAUUACCAGGAUCAGAUAUUUUAUCAUACAAAACUGUUUCAGAAAAGGUUUCACUUUCUGAUGAAAGUAAACUUAGAAGAGAAACUUCCCUUACAGAACAUAAAGUUUCAGAAAUCAUUCAUGAUAGCACAAAGACAGAUAGCACGACCGUGUUUACAAGUAGUGUAGGAAUUAGCAGCAAUCUGUAUAGCGAAAUAGAUAGCACAAAAUCUUUUACUGAUAAGGCAAGAAUCAUGUCUACCAGCACAAAGUCAGAAACUGUAGAUAAAAGGGACACUUCAGAAGAAAUUUCUUCCCUAAAAUCCCAGAAAAGAGAGUUAACUGAAGAAGGAAUAUGUGUUAGUGAGAAAUCCGAAGAGACAACAGCAGAAAUUUUAGAAGGAACCAAAGAAGAACUACAAGAAAGAAUGAAAUCAUUAAGUGAAUCUGUUGGGGUUAAAGAAGUAGUGCAAGAAAUCAAAACGGCUGUGACUUCUCUUCAGGAAUCUACUACAAGUAAGACUUCUUUCCAAGAUUUCAUGGAAACCGCUUCUCCUCCCCCCUCACCAGAAAAGUUGCCUGACAGGCCAGACCUCUCUACCUCCUAUGAUUCACAGCUUCGUUUAAAGGAAUCUGUAUCAUCUGUACAUAGUAAAGCUGAAACUGUAGUAAAAGAAGAAAGUGCAGCUAAAGAAAGCAUUCAGACCUCUACAAAAUUAGAGGAAUCUUCAUCAUCCACCACUUCAUUUACUCAUUCACAUGUCUCAUCUGUACAUGAUUCAUAUUCUGCAUCAACGUCAACUUCACUCACAACAGGAACAACAGUGUCAUUUACCAAACCUCUGCUAAGUUCCUUUGAUGGAAAGCUAACACAGGAUUCUUUCAAGGCUGAAAUGAAAGAUGAAAGAUCAUCAGAUGAUGGCUCUACUCAUCACCUUCCACCCUCCUCUUCCUCCUCCUCCUUGAUUGGUGUUGAGGGUAUUGUGAAAGAGGUAAAGGAAAGUAAGGAGCAAAUUGAAGCUACUUCAGCUAAACUUGCUGAGAAGCUUAUUGCGGAGGUGGAAGAAAUUACUUCUGGUAAGACACAAACUUCAUCCUCCGAGCAUGUGUCCUCUGAAGAGUACAAGUCUGUCACUGCCAUUACUGAUAAGUCUAGUUCACUUACAGAAACAUCAGUAUCUACAGUAGCUUCUUCACAGGAUACCCUUAUUAAAGAUAGCAAAGAAUUUAGUUCUGUUACGCAAAUCCAAGAAGUCAGUGAUACAAAAUCAGCUGAACAAAGAAGUACAUCAACUGACACAACCACAACAAUUGACAAACUUUCCCACAAAAUGAGUUCUGUUGAAUCAGUAGAGCAAACAUCUAAGAAAGAGUUUACUACUGACAAAACUGACAUGACCACAACCUUUGGUGAGAAGGCACUCGUAAUGACAGAAACUUUCGGUGAAUCAGAAACUUAUGAUGAUUCAUCUGAUGUAGAGUCUACAGUAACCAAGAAAACUGCUGUAGGAACCAUACUCAGAGAUGGAAAGCCAAGUACAACAGUUGGAGAUCACCAUGAACCAACUGAAGAAGAAACCAUUUCAACAAGAAUUCGGGAUUCUGAUUCAGAAACUGAAAGAGCAGAAGUCCGAAAGAGUAGUCAAACUUUAACAACGUAUACAUAUGAGGAGCCAGUGGUAACUAGGAGGGUAAGGAAAACUAUUAUAAGAAAAACAAUAGUAGAUGGAAAGCCAGUGGAAACUGUAGAAACAAUAUCUGGAUCAGAGUCUGAAACGGAUGAAGACUUACCUGAAGCAGAAGGCAAAAUCCCAAAGAAAACUAGUGUGAAAACGAUUAUUAAAGAUGGUAAACCAACUGAAACUGAUGAGGAAUCAGUGGUAACCAGAAGGGUAAGGAAAACCAUAAUAAGAAAAACAAUUGUAGAUGGAAAACCAGUAGAAACAGUUGAGACAAUAUCAGGAUCAGAGUCUGAAACGGAUGAAGACUUACCUGAUGCAGAAGGCAAAAUCACAAAGAAAACUAGUUUGAAAACGAUAAUUAAAGAUGGUAAACCAAAUGAAACUGAUGAGGAAUCAGUGGUAACCAGAAGGGUAAGGAGAACUAUAAUAAGAAGAACAAUAGUAGAUGGAAAACCAGUAGAAACUGUAGAGACAAUAUCUGGAUCAGAGUCUGAAACGGAUGAAGACUUACCUGAUGCAGAAGGCAAAAUCACAAAGAAAACUAGUUUGAAAACGAUAAUUAAAGAUGGUAAACCAACUGAAACUGAUGAGGAAUCGGUGGUAACCAGAAGGGUAAGGAGAACUAUAAUAAGAAGAACAAUAGUAGAUGGAAAACCAGUAGAAACAGUUGAGACAAUAUCAGGAUCAGAGUCUGAAUCAGAUGAAGACUUACCUGAUGCAGAAGGCAAAAUCACAAAGAAAACUAGUUUGAAAACGAUAACUAAAGAUGGUAAACCAACUGAAACUGAUGAGGAAUCAGUGGUAACCAGAAGGGUAAGGAGAACUAUAAUAAGAACAACAAUAGUAGAUGGAAAACCAGUAGAAACUGUUGAGACAAUAUCUGGGUCAGAGUCUGAAUCAGAUGAAGACUUACCUGAUGCAGAAGGCAAAAUCACAAAGAAAACUAGUUUGAAAACGAUAAUUAAAGAUGGUAAACCAACUGAAACUGAUGAGGAAUCAGUGGUAACCAGAAGGGUAAGGAGAACUAUAAUAAGAACAACAAUAGUAGAUGGAAAACCAGUAGAAACUGUUGAGACAAUAUCUGGAUCAGAGUCUGAAUCAGAUGAAGACUUACCUGAUGCAGAAGGCAAAAUCACAAAGAAAGCUAGUUUGAAAACGGUAAUUAAAGAUGGUAAACCAACUGAAACUGAUGAGGAAUCAGUGGUAACCAGAAGGGUAAGGAAAACCAUAAUAAGAAAAACAGUUGUAGAUGGAAAACCAGUAGAAACUGUAGAGACAAUAUCUGGAUCAGAGUCUGAAACGGAUGAAGACUUACCUGAUGCAGAAGGCAAAAUCACAAAGAAAACUAGUUUGAAAACGGUAAUUAAAGAUGGUAAACCAACUGAAACUGAUGAGGAAUCGGUGGUAACCAGAAGGGUAAGGAGAACUAUAAUAAGAAAAACAAUAGUAGAUGGAAAACCAGUAGAAACUGUAGAGACAAUAUCAGGAUCAGAGUCUGAAAUGGAUGAAGACUUACCUGACACAGAAGGCAAAAUCACAAAGAAAACUAGUUUGAAAACGGUAAUUAAAGAUGGUAAACCAACUGAAACUGAUGAGGAAUCAGUGGUAACCAGAAGGGUAAGGAAAACCAUAAUAAGAAAAACAAUUGUAGAUGGAAAACCAGUAGAAACAGUUGAGACAAUAUCUGGAUCAGAGUCUGAAUCAGAUGAAGACUUACCUGAUGCAGAAGGCAAAAUCACAAAGAAAACUAGUUUGAAAACGAUCAUUAAAGAUGGUAAACCAACUGAAACUGAUGAGGAAUCGGUGGUAACCAGAAGGGUAAGGAGAACUAUAAUAAGAAAAACAAUAGUAGAUGGAAAACCAGUAGAAACUGUAGAGACAAUAUCUGGAUCAGAGUCUGAAAUGGAUGAAGACUUACCUGACACAGAAGGCAAAAUCACAAAGAAAACUAGUUUGAAAACGAUAAUUAAAGAUGGUAAACCAACUGAAACUGAUGAGGAAUCAGUGGUAACCAGAAGGGUAAGGAAAACCAUAAUAAGAAAAACAAUAGUAGAUGGAAAACCAGUAGAAACUGUUGAGACAAUAUCUGGAUCAGAGUCUGAAAGUGAUGAAGACUUACCUGAUGCAGAAGGCAAAAUCACAAAGAAAACUAGUUUAGAAAUGGUAAUUAAAGAUGGUAAACCAACUGAAACUGAAGAGCCAUCUGGAGGUGACACUGUUUCAACAACUGUUAUUAGAAAAUCUGUAGUGGAUGAACUUACUGGAGAAUUCAAAAAGGAUACCAUUCAUAAGAGCAGUGAAGGUUUCACAACUUACAAAUAUGAAGAGCCUUCUGAAGUUCAUACAGUCAGAAAAACUAUCAUAAGAAGAACAAUAAUUGAUGGCAAACCAGUAGAAACUGUUGAAACAGUUACUGAAUCAGAUUCAGAUGCUGGUGAUGAAACUUCUGAUAUUGGAUCAACCAUCACUAGGAGGACCAUGAUCAAAAGAACAAUUGAUAGUGAUGGAAAACCAAGUGAAUUAAUUGACGAGCACAGGGAUCCCUCUGAAAGUGAGAGUGUUACUACAACAGUUGUUAGAAAGUCUGUAGUUAGUGAAUCUAUGCAAGAUUCUGAUCAAGAAUCUGUAGGAAAAGAUGUACGCAAAAGCAGUGAAUCUUUCACAACAUAUACAUACGAGGAGCCUGUAGUGACCAGAACUGUAAGAACUAUUAUAAGAAAAUCAAUAGUUGAUGGAAAGCCUGUAGAAACAGUUGAGACAGUAACUGGUUCUGAUUCAGAAACUAUUGAAGAUUCAUCUGACAUGGAAUCUAAAGUAACCAAGACUACUACUGUACGAACCGUAGUUAAAGAUGGAAAACCAACUGAAACCAUUGAAACUCAUCAUGAACCAACUGAGAGUGAAACAGUUACAACAACAGUUGUUAGAAAGUCUGUAACGAGUGAACCUACCGAAGGGACUGCACUUUACACUUAUGAAGAACCAUCGGAGACACAGACUGUCACAAGAACUAUUAUAAGGAAAACGAUUGUAGAUGGAAAACCAGUGGAAACUGUUGAAACUGUAACUGGAUCAGAUUCUGAAACUGUUGAAGAAUUAUCUGAUACAGAAUCAUCCAUUACUAAAACGGCUAGAAUAAGAAAGACUAUAGUUAGUGACGGAAAAUCCUGUGAAACCUUUGAAACACACCAUGAUCCAAUUGAACAAAUCAUAAUGAAAGAUGGAAAAGUAACGGAUUCUGUUGAAACACAUGCAUUCUUAACCAAUUUGCAGUCUUCAACAUCAGAAAAGGAAGUCAUAAGUGGAUCCAUUACUUCAAAAAUAUCUACUCACAGUGACCGUAAAUCCUCUUCACUGAGCAGGACAGAGAGCACUGAGAGUACUGAUGUAAAAUCAGAUACUUUUGCAUCAUCCGUAUCCUCAUAUGAUGCAUCUAGGAAAGUAAGUUCUGAAGAAAUGGCAACAUCUGUCAGACAUACAACAAAGUCGUCAGAGACCUUCCAGGAAGACAUAAGGAGCUCUAGGGAAUCUGUUUUGACUGCAGAAGAGUCUGUAACUGGUGAGGGCCAUCGGAUGAGUGCUGUAAGAAAGUCAUCAACUAGUAGUACAGAAGGUGCACCAGGAAGCCCAAGGACAGGUCGUGUUGUAGUCAGGAAAGUCACUACAGUAAUUACAAAGUAUUAUGAAGAUGGGGAAGAAGUUGAAAUGGAAGAGCUACCUGGUGGAGAAGUAGUUGAAGUUGUUGGUGAUCAACCAAUUUCAGAAGAUCUGUUAAGGAAGAUUUCAAGUUCAGCAUCAUCUCCAGCUUCCAUUAGGAAAUCUUCAGCCCAUGGAAUUCCAGGCACGUCCAUGACCUACACAACUUCAAGGUCAUUAUCUGGACCAUGGACAAGUGAAGAAUCUCUGACUGGAGAACCAACAGUAAUUACACGUACUACACGAACAAUUUCUGGUGAUAGCGAUACUGAUGGGUCAGAUAGUUUGGUAACAAGUAAAGUAACAGUUACUCGCCGUGUGGUGAGUGAUGAGGUAAUAGAUAAAGAAGGACGGCAGCAAUUAUUAAGUGGUGAUACUCAAGUGAGCACCAAGGAUAGUCCUCUAACAAUGAGUCACCAGACACCUACAUCCUACAGCACACAGUACACUUCAGGAAUGCAUUAUCAAGAGGAAUAUGAUGAUGAGCCAGUCUAUGAAUAUCAUCCACCUACAGGAGCAGCCCUCGAUCCAUUUAUGUAUGGAGAACAUGAACGUGACAUAGAUAAUGGUAAUCUGCCAUCUCGAGCUGUAGAGCCCUCACGAACUGAGACUGAAGAUAAACUCAAUAGAAAUCAGACGUGGAAAACUACAACAACCAAAACUGAAAUUGGCGAGACAUCAAAAACCGCCUCAUCUUCAUCUUCGGUGAAAACUAAAGAUGAUGACGCACCACUCGACCCAAAGGAUACUUUACAAAAAUGGGGUAAACCAUUAGGACUUCCAUCACCUGUGCCUGCACCAGCUCCCCAUCCUCCCUCAGAUAGCCCUAAGCCACAUCAUUCUCCAAGAAAAGAAAGACGAACUAGUAGAAAGUCAAAGAGGAUGACACCAGUAUACUUAGAUUUGGCUUAUGUUCCUCAUGCUGCCAACCCCUAUUACACAGACGUUGACUUCUUCAGAAAAGUGAGAGCACGCUAUUAUGUCUUCUCAGGCAUUGAUCCAGGUAGAGAGGUCCUAGAUGCCCUUCUUCAGGCUAAAAUGGAAUGGGAAGAUAAAGAAAUGGAAGUAACGAUCAUUCCCACCUACGAUACGGACACUCUUGGCUACUGGGUAGCUGCCAAUGAAGACGCCCUCAUCGCCAACAAGAUUGACCUGGCACCGUCAGCGUCUAGAUGCACCAUCAAUCUACAGGACCACGAGACGAGUUGCAACGCCUAUCGCCUUGAAUUCUGAGCAGUCUCGUCCAGUUAACCCAUCAAAAAGAAGAUGCAAUCUUCAGGACUGUGUUUGGGACAAACAGUCAAGCUCCUUAAUACUUUUUGAAAAAUAAAGACAGAAUUAAAGUUGGCAUUAGCAGGGUAUUUGAUGUGGCAUUUGCAGGAUAUCUGAUGAACAUUUUUUGCUUCGAGUGAGGGAUAUUUUUUUUUCAAUUGAAUGUUAUUUGGAAAACGUUGAAAGUGAUAUUAGAAAUUUAUGCAACCCAGAUCUUGAGAGCAGUGAUGGAUUCGAGUGUUUCCUGUAGCCAUAAGUCAUAAAAUGGGGCGUCGGAAUAUCUGGCCCGAGACACCCCAUAUCCCGAUGCCUUCCACGAGAACUAGAGCUCUUAACAAGCCGUCUGUGUCCCUUUGAUAGUCCUAAAUUAGCCAUCCAAAUAUUUUCAUCGACCGUUUUGUAGGUUCUACUGUCCUGUCAAAAUUGUGUCUAGAUUCUAUUGAAGCCAAGUAGUCACUUUUUGAACCAAAGCAGAUCCCACUCAAUGGAUCUUCUCCAUUUACCUUUACGGACGAAGUGUUAUAGGCUAUUGACGGUGCAAUUCGACUCACUCCCUCUUUGCGUAUUACUUAUUAUUCGUCAAGCAGAAAAUAUCCCAACCAUGAAGUCAGAUGAGAUACCUUAAGCAUCCAUCAGUCCCAGCUCCUACAAAUUUUGUCUGAAGUGACUAAUGAUACCACAAAUUCUGACGAAUCAUCAGAGAGAAGAGAUAAUAUCCCGAAUGCUAGUAUAAUCGUUGAUGGAAAAGAUAUAAAACACGAAAACGUAGAGUGAAACUGUUCUAAGAUAAUUGACAAGUGAAAACAAUGAACACUCCUAUGACCGAAUAAGGCUAAGCAAUAUAUGCGUUUUUAACAAUUCACAUAAUAGGGUUCUGUUUACUUGUUCAGCGUGAUACCUGCUGCAGUCUCUAGGUAGGCCAUGUCGCAUACACAUGGCUAGAAAACAGGUUGCUCAUUUUGUAAAAUAAAGCAUUAUAAAACUGUUAUUAACAGUUAUCAGCUAUAUAGACUAUAAGCCAUAUAUAAAAAAAUAAAAAAAGAGUUAAAUGAAUUUGUUAUGAUAUGAUAAGAUGUAUACUAUAGUAGUUUGUAAUCAGCCUGAUAAUGAAAGCAAGCUAUUUUUCUCGAGUCAGGAUGAAUGGGCCAGCGAUAAUUGUAUCUUCUUUCUUCCAGAAGGUGAAUGUUUGGGAUUACAGCGAAUGAGUGAAGAUUUUUUAUAUAUUUAUCUCUGAGACAAGUCUCUAUAACGUCCACAGAUGCAGCUUAGUACUAAACAAGAAUGGUACUGAAUUCUAGUUAUUUUGUGAUAUGUCAAUUUUUCUGUUCCAGUUAAGAUAUGCCAGAGUCCGUUACCAGUCACUAGGAAGAAUCUUCAACUCACUGUGUUAGCCAUAAAUAUAAUACAUUAUACUCGAUGCUUUUUCUGUACUUGCUAAAUAAGGUAUGUGUUUACUGAGAUGGGAUAAAUGUUUAUAGAGAUGUCUGAUGUAUAGAUCAUUAUACCUUGCUAUUAGUAUUACUUCAUAAUACUUUUUUCAUUUAUUUAUUUAUUUUUUGUUCAAAGCAAAACCGUUCCUUCUAACCAAAUGCAUUCCAGCUUCAGAUUCCAAAACAGUAAACAGUAAUUCUGGUGUGUCAUAAGAAAUGCUGUAGGACAGUGAACAGAAAUAGCUCUCCUACAAUGGUGCUACUACUGAUGGUCUUGCAAACAGUCUCUUGUACAAGCCGCUAUUAGGUGGUUUUAGCCAUGGGGGUGGCUAGUCUGCCAAGGAAUGUGUCCAAGAGACGGAGUUUUGCAAAGGUUCGGAUGAAGUGAAAUGCCUUUAAAGUGCCCAGCAGCAGCAGCAGCCGCAGCAGCAGCAGUAGCUUGAAUAGGUCAUAAGCAGGCCUGCAAUCUUGCUUCGAGGACAACACCAGGGUAUGGGCAUGGUUUUCCCCGUGCUUCUAAUUAACUGCCAGCAAUGCCUAUUCGAGAGGAGUGACAAACUACACUUACUGAUAAAGUCUUCAACAAUUUUGUCAGCAUAUGCCCUGGUUGUGCCCUUAAAGCGCUGGUUGAGGCAUUGUUUUGAAGAACUUUACUGAAAGCCCGUUACCAGUUGAGUAAGAGAACGAAACCAGGAAAUUCCAUGCCUGAGGUCUCACUAGAGGCAGUUGCCAUUUGCAUUCCCACAUGCGCCGAAGAGAAAACAACAUCUAAUGAGUGCAAAAGUGACGCCUUUGUUGGGAUCUCCAGUGUCAUUUGGUUGUCAAGAAACAAUGAUAUAGUACCUGUAAGCAGAGAAUUUACAGAUGCAGAAAAAGUUCUGAUACGUAAUCAUUUGAAAUAAAUGCUUUAGGUGCUUAUUGGCAAACCGGACUGCUUUUCCCUUCCCUCUAGCUUAUUUAUGGCAGGUUUUUUCUCCUCUCUGACCUUUAAUUUAAUGAGCCUUUUUAGUUGCAGCCUUUGAAUGCAAAUUCAGUUGUAACAUAAGUCGAAGUCCUAAUUAUUUCCAUCUGUGUUAAGGGGACCUGUAUGAUGGAAAAAAUAAAUAAUGUGUGUUAGUUGCCUUGACACAGUGUAAGUGUUCUUAUCAACCUUUCUGAGAACUUGGCUGUUUAUGAAUGAAAAGUUGUGUAGCAGGGAACACUUCAUUAUUUAAUCAUGAUAUUGUGCCCUAGGAUUAUAUUCUAUAAUAGAAGUUGUUGGGUGCAUGUCACUCCAUUCAGAUUUGAUCUUUAUAAAGGUUGAAUAUGUGAUAUGAUAAUCAUAAUUAUUAAGCUGUUAUACAAGACAGGUGGAGGCAGGAAAUGAAGCAAAAUGAGUGAUGAUAUUAUAGAAACUCCAAUAAAGAAGUUGUACAGAGGCUUUUAGGCAUCUCCGUAAUUACCAUUGUUCCUGAAUCAUGGUAAAAGAAUAUAUAUAUAUAUAUUAUAUGAAAUAUUUUUUUUCAUUAUUUUUCUCCGAGAAAGGGAACUUUCCCCCCUAAGAGCCUUCUGAAGACUUUGGAACCAGAGCAUUCCGACCAUUUAAUUCUUUUUGUCGCAGUCAGCACCGAAUCAUUUGAUAUCGAAUCACUAAAAUGUGUCUUGACGCAGAUUGACGUCACGACACAUGAAAAUGAUCCGGCGUCUUCAGAAGAGGUCUUAAUAUCCGAAAUUCUUAACUAUUGUUAUUAUAUCUUACCUGUGCACUUUGUUGUGUGUUUACAAGAAUGUAUAAAAAUACAAAAAAGAUUAGACGAAAUUUGCGAAUGAUGUCCUGAUGUAGCUUCUCGCAUCCGGUUUUCUUUGCUGACGAUGAAGAAAACGAGAUGUGAUGACGUCAUGGAAUUGGGUCGCCUAUUUCGUCCGGUAGUUAAAAAAAAGCUUUUGCUUCGCGCUCCAUGUCCCGUUGCCUCUAGUCAAAAACUAGAAGUCUAGAAAUUCAAGAAGUCUGCUAACACCAAUGAUGUGACUUGUUUAGCUAUUUUGGGUCUUAUAUAGUUCUUCAUUACGGUUCAUUUUCGUUUUUAUUUGCCAAUACGAAAAUAAACCUUACUGGAACGCGAUUUUGGGUUCAUAAUUGCUGGCCUUGUCACUAAUAUUACGCAUAUGUAUGGGAUAUUCUGUGACAUUAAAAGUAGUAUAAAAGUA